AUGGCAAGAACCCCCCAAGGCCUCCAUUCCUUCCCAAACGCCACUUUCGACAAUUUGUACAAAAAAUAUCAAUUAGAAAACAUACUAACAACUGAAAUUAGUAUCUCCCCACCAUGGCUCAUAUCUAUCAAUAUCAACUUGGAUUUACACCAAAAUCCCAAGAAAUCUACUUGCCCUACUCACUACAAUAACCUCCUCAAGGAAAUAUUGUUAACUACACCUCAACAUGCACUUAUAUUCACAGACGCCUCUGUCACGAAAAACCACACCGGCAUGGCCAUCAUUCAUGGUGACUCACAAACCCAAUGGAAAUUAUCCAACAAAUGCUUCAUCUACACCGCUAAAGCCCUUUCCAUCCUUAAAGCUAUCGAGUUUGUAACUAACAAAUCCGAAGCUAGCCAGAUCAUAAUUUUUAGUGACUCCCUCUCCAGCCUCAUUAGCUUCCAGAACUAAUGGAAAUCAAUCGACAAAGCAAGAAAGAUUCAAAAUGCACAUUUUUAGAACCACCCUCUCCGGUAAACACAUCAUAUAUGUGGGUUCUUGGCAACUAUAAUAGAGCAGGCAAUGAACGGGCUGACAAGGCCGCCAAACUUGCCCAUCUAUCCGAUAAUUCCCUCACAUCCCUCGACUUUUCUUUUCAAGACGUUAAAAGAAUUAUAGCCAAAGAUACAUACGACCUAUUGGAAAAAAAAUGGGUAAAAUUGUCAACCAAAUUACACGAGAUUAAAAAGAACCACCUACCCUUGGCCUUUCUCUGAAAAUAUCACCAGAAAACAGGAGGCAUCCAUCACUCGCCUAAGGAUCAUACAUACACACAUUAUCCAUUAACACCUCAUGAAGAGAGAAGUACCUCCUGUCAACAUCAAAUCCGUUCUGAAAUUUCUUCACGAGUCUAAACUACUCAGCAAAAUCUAAUACCAUUUUAAUCACUAUCUAUUUUAAUUGUGAUUAAAAAUAUAUCAUAAUCUUUAAUAAUGUAUAAUAAUGUUCGUUCAAUGGCCUCAGCAGCCCCGGAUUUUUUGUUCUAAUAAAAAAAAAAAAAUAAUAAAGUUGAAUUGUUAUAAGAAUUAAAUGAAGUGUUAGUACAUUUCGACCCAAAAUUAAAGAUAACAUAAACAUGUAAUGUAAUUCCAUAUGGAAUUAUGGCUAUUUUAUCGCAUGUAUUUCUAGAUGGAGAAGAGAAACCCAUUGCAUUUUGCUUCAAGAAAAUUAGGAGUGCACGAAAAAAAAUAUUCAUAACUGGAUAAAGAGUCAUAAAUAUUUGGUAUUAAGAAAUUUCAAUAUGUUUAUAUGAAAUUGUUUAAAUUAAAAACUGAUCAUAAGCCAUUAUCCAUUUGUAACAUUUGGAGAGAAAGAAGAGAUUCCUAAAAUGGCAGCAAAUAGAUUGCAGAGAUAUGCACUAAUAAUGUCAGGGUAUGAUUAUAAAAUCAAAUUUGUAAAAUGUGAAGUUAAUGGUAACGCAGAUGCGUUUUCGCGAUAACCUUUAUAUUAUACAAAUUUAAACGAAGAAAAAGAAAAGACCUACUGAGGAUUUGUAAAGAGAGAUAAUGCAAAAUUAAUUAGAGGGUUAGAAAUAGAUAAGGGGACAAAAAGAGACGAUGUUUAUAAUAUAUAUUAAUAUAUAUAAUUUAAAGAUAUUGGUAGAGAACUGUAAUGUCUUUGGAAUCAUGUUAGGUUAUGCCACCGAUAUGCGAUAAUAACAUUUCUGUAUUUUGUCAAGACACACAUUACCACCAUGUUUUUUGUCAUAUCUAAUAAAGAGAAAUAUCUUGUGUUUAAAUAAAGUGUUUUUAUAUAAUAUUCUUUAUUUGUUUUCAUCUAAAGGGUGUUAACUUUAAGAAUAUUGCAAUUACCGUUCAACAAAAAAUGAUUAGGGAAAAAGACUUAGAGAUGGAAAAUACAUCUAGAUAUUCUUUAGUAUCACUAGGUUUACGGGCCAGUAGCACAAAUCGAUAUUGCGCGCACUCCAAACACCACAAUACUUCGUGAGCUUUGGUACGGUACCAACGUUGCCACAUUAUGUGUAUUUUUGUACUCUUAACUAAGAUGAAAUAGGUAACUAAAUGUAAUAAAUUAAUAGUAACAAGAAAUUGAUUGAUACUACGCUGUUGUUUUGUUGGCAAAAUAAUAACUAUAGUCACAGCGAUACAAAAAAAUGAACAAGCAGCAAUUGAUACGACCCUAAUGGUCCAAUAUCCAAAAAUGUAUAAUAAAAUUAAACUAAAUAUAAAUGAUAUUUGCUUGGUUGACAUAACAAAAAAUAUAUAUAAAUAAAAUUAAAAAAAAACGUAUAAAUUGUCGGCGUAUUGCUGGCCAGCUGCUACCAAAAACCUAUUUUAUAAAAUAUUCAUACACAGAAGAAAUAAACAAUAUAUACAAAAUUCACAAUAUUUAAUAGCGAUUCGCACACACAUAAAUAUUUAAUAUUGAUUUGUUGUGAUUUGCGCACGCAAACUAAAACAUUGGUAACUCAAUGGUCGCGGAUCGAGGUAACAAAAUUAUAAAUACUAACUAAAAAUGCCUUUUGCAAGUUGGUGCGUUACAUAACCGACCCGUUAUCGGCGCCAACAUUAGAAUUGGUAAUCUUAAUGUGUUUUUUAAAUAUGAUGAUAUUACAAUACUACAAUACGUUUUUUAAGUACCUAUUACCUACCGUUUUAAUAUCUAAAUUUAAUUUAAUAAAAAAAUACAUUUUUCAUUUAAAAUUCCAUUUGAUACAGAACAAUUUAUUUUAAAAACACAAAAAAAUAACUGCGUAUGGGAUAAACGUAAGUAUCCUCUCGUUUAAUAAUUAUUUUAGUAAUUAGGACUAAAAUUACAUAGAUUAAAAAGUAAAAACAUCAUUUUUCUUUCUAUACAUAUUAUUAAGAUAUAUAUAUUUAUCAAAUAUAUGAUAUUAUAAUAGAGGCGAAAAAUCAUCAUGAUCUUUAACAGCUACAUGUCGGUUGGACCAAUGUAGCUAAGACGCGUUCAGAAAACUUCGAAGAACUUAAUGACAGCAAGAAGGCAGAAAAAGUAAGAUUUUAUAUUAUUAUAUAAGAAAAUUACUACCUAUAGCAACAUAUUUUAAUCAAUACUUUUUAGUUAAGAUAA